CUACUCCAAACUCAUAGAUCAUCUCUAUCUCAUCUCAUAUUACCCAAACCCAAUUCCUUAACUCCAUCUCCGAUCCAUCUUCAUCAACCUAAUUAAGAAACACUUCAGAUAGAGAAGUUCAAUGGCUUUUGAUGCUGUAACCACUCUAAUCAAAAUAGUAGAGGCUGCAGAGCAAGACCUUAUGGAGCCCAAACUACUUUCAAGUUUGAAUGCUGAAGGAUUAAUGAUGGUGCCACUGCUUGAAACGAUUAAGUUGUUGUCUUACAAUCUCCAUUUUCUGCAAGCCUUUUUGGUGGAAUGUAAGACGAAAAUGAAUGACGGGGACACCAUGGCUCGGAGACUGUAUACAGAUGUCCAAGUUGAAGUUGCUAGAACAUAUAAACAGAACGAAAUACAAUCUAAACUGAGACUAUUAUAUUUUGGAGAUUACUGGGUAGGGAGUGCUGAAGUUAAGCCUUGUGAAGAUAUUCAUCAUCGCUUGAAAGGAAUAGUAAGAGAUAUUGAGGAACUUAAAGACCGGAUCCUGGAGGAAGAAAGAAGAGCUGCUUUAGAGGCUGAGGAACAGAACAUCACAAUUUGGGAUACCUACCAAAAUGCUUUAAAGACUGAGAAUGAAGUGAUUGUAGGAUUGGACAUUGAUAUAGAAAGGAUAGUUAACCGGCUCUGCUAUUCAUACUUCAUGGGACCAGUUUUAACCAUUUUGAAGAAUAAUAACAUUGACAAGUUUCGGAAAUAUGUGCUGAAACUACAAGCUAUGCCACUCGUUGGGGAAGGAGGCAUUGGAAAAACUACAUUAGCCAAAAGAGUAUAUGGACAUCCAAUUACUAUUGCUAGCUUUCACAUUCGAGCAUGGGUAGUUGUGUCUAAAGUUCAUAACCUCAAAGAGAUGCUCAUUGGUCUAUUACGUUGUAUUUCACCAAUCACUAGUGAAAUCUACGACUUAGAUGAGGCUCAGAUAGCAGAGAAAUUAAACACAAGUUUGAUGGGCCAGAAGUAUUUAAUUUUCCUGGAUGAUAUAUGGACCACUGCUGCAUGGAAUGCCAUCCAAGAAUAUCUUCCAGAGAAUUUUAAUGGAAGCCGAAUCUUAGUAACUACUCGGUUCAAAGAGGUGUCUGAAUACUUAAGUAUGAAUCCCUACCUAGUGAGGUAUCAAACUUUUUCGGAUCGUUGGGAAUUAUUUUCAAGGAAAGUGUUUAGGCAAAGCCUAUGUUUUCCCAGUAAAUGUGUCCCAAUAGGGGAACGCAUUGUUCUUGGUUGUGGUGGAUUACCCCUAGUAGUUGUUUUAGUUUCCGGACUUUUGGCGACAACAAAAGGGUCACUAGAAAUAUGGAGAGAUGUUGCCCGAACAUUGGAUGGAGUUGGUAGAUAUGAUAAUAACAAAAGAAUUUCAAAAAUAGUUUCAUUAAGCUACAAGUCCUUACCAAGUCAUUUGAAGGAUUGCUUUCAUUAUUUUGGUGUGUUUCCAGAAGACAGUGACAUUUCUGUUAAGAAAUUAAUCAACUUAUGGGUUGCAGAGAGAUUUUUAAUGCCACAUAACAAUAUGAGUUUGGAAGAAGUGGGAGAGAGUUACUUGCAUGAUCUCAUUAAUAGAAGUCUUGUUCAAAUUAAUGAGCUAAGUAUUGACGGCAAAGUUAAAUCAUGUAGCAUUCAUGAUCGAGUGCACGAGGUUUGUGUGAGAGAAGCAAUUGAUGGGAAUACAUUGUGCAUUAUCAAUGACAACCAUGCUCUAAAGGCUAGUCAUUGGUUAAGGUGUCAAACAAGUUAUUGGCCAAUCACUCGAGCGAGUUAUGGGAAUUGUGGUCCUAAUGAAAUUCAUUAUGUUCUCUGCUUUGGUAAAGAUGUAAUCCAUUCAAAAUUCAGGUUUGUAUACCCAUGUUUGAAAUUGCUAAGAGUAUUGGAUUUAUCAUUAGUUAAAUGCUCACAAGGCAUGCCUUGUGAAAUAACAGACUUGGUUCAUUUGAGAUACUUGGCUCUAAGUACCAUUGGUUCUCUUUACGAGUUUCGAUUUUUCAAGCUCAAGAAUUUGGUAACUCUCAUAGUUACUUCAUGGAUGGAAAAAUGUCAUUUGCAAUUGCCAUGUGAUAUUUUGGAUUUGCCACAAUUGAGGCAUUUGCAUGUUGACAAGAGAUGUUCACAGUAUCUCCCUUGCUUAGUCAAAAAAGAUCUACAAACUCUUUAUUGGUUGAAAGUUGCUAGCUCCGACAAAAAACCAAACUUCGGAAUGGUUCCAAACCUAAGGGAACUUGGGAUUUUCAUUGAAGGCCAACUGGCGCCUAGCCAUCUAGGGAGCCUUGUGCAUUUACAUCUACUUGAGAAGUUGAAGUUUGAAGUAGGAAGGGUCGAGCGCUUUUGUCUUCCAACAGGUUUUCCACCAAACCUUAAGAAGUUGACACUUCGUUAUACUUAUCUUCCAUGGAAGGAGAUGGACACAAUUGGCAUGUUGUCGCACCUUGAGAUGCUUAAACUAAAAGAUUUCGCUUUUUGUGGCCCAACGUGGGAACCAUCGGAGCAAGGCUUUCGGAAAUUAAAGGCACUUCUUAUUUCACAUUCAAGUCUCGAUCAUUGGAAUGCAAGUUCUAAUCAUUUUCCAGUUUUGGAGCGCCUUGUUUUAAGAUAUUGUUGGGAAUUAAAACAAGUUCCAACUAAUUUUGCAAAAAUUGGAACACUAAAUUUAAUUGUAUUAGAAUGUUGUUAUUCUUCUCUUGUGACUUCUGCAAUGCUGAUUUCUUCUGCAAAAAGCGAAACAUUAAAGGGAAAGGCUCCACUUCGUGUUCGUAAAGUUGGAACUAAGGUUGAAUUGCCUGUUAUUGAAAGCUCUGAAGAAGAAAGUGUUGAAAGCUCUGAAGAAGAAAUUGUGGAAAGCUCUGAAGAAGAAAGUGUGGAAAGCUUUGAAGAAGAAAGUGUGACAAGCUCUAAAGAAUCAAGUUUUGGAAGCUCUAAAGAAUUAUGUGUUGGAAGCUCUGAUCGAGUAAGGUUGAAAGCUCGGAAGAGUGUGAGGAAAUAUAUGAAGAAGAUGGUGUCGAAUUCUCUGAAUGCAUUCAAAGAGUUGAAGAGGUCAGGAAAGUGUUGUAAUCUCUAAGAAGAAAGUGACUGAGGAAUUUUUAAAUUUUGGGCUUAAUAUAAACUUAUGAAAGCCAAGGGGAAUUGAAGUGCAAAGCCAAGGCUUUGGAGUCUGGACUAGAAGGAAAACAUUUUUCGUCGAGCCCCGGGUAAUCAGUAGCCAGA